CCCAGAUUACAAGCCGAGUCAGCCGGACUAAACGUCAAACGGCGCAAAAUAAACAACCAGACAUGAACCUCCCGGACUCGGACUCGGAAGACGAACUGCCCCCCGGCUGGGAGGAACGGGUGACCUGCGACGGCAGCGUCUUCUACGCCAACCACCUGACGAAGGCGACGCAAUGGACCCAUCCCCGGACCGGCAAGAAGAAACGCGUCUCCGGCGACCUGCCCUUCGGCUGGGAACGGUGCAUCGACAAGAACACGGGCAAAGUAAUCUACGUGGACCACGAGAACCGCCGGACCACUUACACGGAUCCGCGGCUCGCGUUCGCCGUCGAGGAGAAGGAGCACGUCAACGAUUUCAGGCAGAGGUUCGACGCCUCCAGCACUGCAUUGCAGGUGUUGCACGGUAGGGAUUUGAAUGGGAAAUUGGCCGUUAUUACGGGGGCGAACGCCGGCAUCGGCUUCGAGACGGCACGCUCGUUGGCCCGGCAUGGGUGCACCGUUGUUAUGGCCUGCAGGAACUUGGUGGCAGCCGAAGAGGCAAUCAAUCAGAUUAGGGAGGAUAAACAACAAGCUGGAGAAAAUUGUGUGGCAAUCCACUUGGACCUAACUCUCUUGGCAUCUGUGGUUCAAUUCUCAAACAUAAUCAAAAGCAAAUAUGACAAAAUUGACAUGCUCAUACUAAAUGCCGGAGUAUUCGGUCUUCCAUACACUAAAACUCCUGAUGGCUUUGAAACAACCUUCCAGGUCAACCAUUUGUCUCAUUUUUACUUGAGUCUUUUGCUCAGACCUCUUUUAGUAACUGGAAGUAGGGUUGUGGUUGUUUCUUCCGAAUCACACCGGUAUGCAAAUCUAACUGUCGACAACAUGUCUCCUUUAACUCUAUCCCCAGACAUGGCAAGUAGAUAUUGGGACAUGAUGGCCUACCAAAACUCCAAACUGUGCAACAUCCUGUUCGCCAGAAUGCUAGCCAAAAAACUACAGCGUGAUGGCAUCUCUGUAUUCAGCCUCCAUCCUGGCAACAUGGUAUCCUCAAAGCUGGCCCGCAACUGGUGGAUUUAUCGACUCUUAUUCGCUCUAGUCCGGCCUUUUACUAAGUCGCUACAACAGGCAGCCAGCACAACAGUCUACUGCGCCACCGGAUUGGAAUUGGCAGGAGUAACGGGGGAUUAUUUUAAUAAUUGUUGCAGGUGUCAAGAGAGUGCGGCGGCCAGAGAUGAUCAGCUAGCCGCCGCCCUUUGGGACACCAGUCUGGAUAUGGUGCAAAACGUUCUGGGGAACAACGCCCCCGGUCUGGAGCCAUUGUAAUGUUAGAUAUUAAGAUUCCGUGUCCGUUUGUAACAGUUUAAACGAAUUCACGCCAAAAAUAAAUGUAUUAAAUGUCGAUAGAUUAGUUAUUGAAGGGUGUGGGUUGAUUCGGAAUUAUUGUAAGUAAUUUCGGAUGAUCACUCACUAUUAAACUUGUGGAACAAACUUAUAUAUGGAUAAAAACACCAAUUUUUUAUAUAAAUAUGCAGGAAUUAGUGUAAACAGUCAAUAAACACUUUUGGAUUGCACCCUUUUAUCAAUGACACUCAUUCCUGUGUAUUAAUUUUUAAUUCCGGUACAAAGACUUAUAUUUUAGGAGAAAAAUACAUAUGAUAAUUUUAAUUGUUUUGGCAACCAACGAAAGUGAUUAUUUUGUAAAAUGGAUAUUUAUAUUAUGUAUAUUUUUUGUAUAAAACUUUUGUUAUAUUGAUAAAUGUAAUAUUAAAUGAACAUUCAAUAAAACGAAUUAUUCUAUGUUA